GAGAGAGGGCCGUCCUUACCGUCGAGCUGCCCCUCCCAUGGUCCGGCCCACCCCGGGGGGCGCCUCAGCGGGAGUGCUGCGGGGACCCGGGAGGUUGAAGCAUGGGGAAGAGCUGCAAGGUGGUCGUGUGCGGCCAGGCAUCUGUGGGCAAAACUUCGAUUCUCGAGCAGCUUCUGUACGGGAACCAUGUUGUGGGUUCUGAGAUGAUCGAGACCCAGGAGGACAUCUAUGUAGGCUCCAUCGAGACAGACCGAGGGGUGCGGGAGCAGGUGCGUUUCUAUGAUACGCGGGGUCUCCGGGAUGGGGCCGAGCUGCCCAAGCACUGCUUCUCCUGCACCGACGGCUACGUCCUGGUCUACAGCACGGACAGCCGAGAGUCGUUCCAGCGCGUCGAGCUGCUCAAGAAGGAGAUCGACAAGUCCAAGGACAAGAAGGAGGUCACCAUCGUGGUCCUUGGCAACAAGUGUGACCUGCAGGAGCAGCGUCGUGUAGACCCUGACGUGGCCCAGCACUGGGCUAAGUCCGAGAAGGUGAAGCUAUGGGAGGUGUCGGUGGCUGAGCGCCGAUCCCUCCUAGAGCCCUUCAUCUACCUGGCCAGCAAGAUGACUCAGCCGCAGAGCAAGUCCGCCUUCCCCCUCAGCCGCAAGAGCAAGGGCAGCGGUUCCUUGGAUGGCUGAAGAGCUGUGCUUCUUGCUUCACCAUUCCAAGCCGAUUCCGGGCUGGGUGGAGAGCACAGGGUGCAGAAGCAAGCUGUUCUUCCCAGUCAGUAGGGGAGCCACCCUCUGGCCCAUGCCACCUCUGUCCUCUCUUAACUCCAAGAAGUGCAAGUGAACCCUCCCUUGACCUUCCAUAAUAGUCCCCACCCCACCCCCGGCUGAUCCUAUUUUCUCCACUGUCACCCGGACACUUAUGGGUUAGUGUCCCUUCCAUCUGCCUGGCGCAGCGAGCAGGGCCGUCAUGCCAAAGUGCCCAGUCCAGGAUCUGCCUCCUAUCAGGGAUCCCAACUCUCUCAAUUUCCUGCCAGUAACAUACACACAGUACCAGCCUCGAAAAAAGACGAGGUACUGUAAGCGUACAUUUGUGCGUGCUGGCUUAGGGUUGGUUCCUCAUCCUUCACCCUGAUCUUUCCCCUGGCCUGUCCAAGGCCUGGGAAAGUCAGGCUCCUGGGAGUGGCAUUUCCUGUUUGACCUCUACCCAUCUCCCAGUUGUUUCGCUUCCUCUUCCUGUUCCAGGAGCAGAGAGGUCUUACUGGCUGAGGUAGAGUGUGUGAUGACGGGGCUGCCGCUUGCCCUGUGACUUAGCAAGGCUCUUCUCCUCUGAACAUCAGUCUUCUCAUCUGUGAGAUGACAGAAGCUUGGAUGUCACCUAGAGCCACGGGAGCGCUGUGACUUUUCUAAAGCUGGUGGCUUGGGCCUCCUAUGUGUCUCUGCCCCUGCUCCACCCUCUUCAAGGUGCUACACCUACCGGCCCUGGAGGCUGGACAGCCUCUCUUAACCACCAGGGGGCAGGGGUGCACUUUGCUCAGUGCUGCGAGUGGCAGUCUGUGGACCUGCCCACAGGGUCGUGUCCAUCCCUUCUGCUUGUUUUGGCUAGUGGCUGGACUUACAUUUAUACUCUCUCUGUAUUUAUGCGCCUGCUGCUCUGGUGAAGGUGGGAUAAGCCGCGCCUCCAGCCCUUCUUUCUUACCUCAGAUGCCUGAACAGAACCAGGCAAACCAGUAGCAGCUUCCCAUGAGCUGACAGGCCUUCCAUCAGAGGCUUGUGCUGUCAAGUGAGCUUAUAACCCACAACCUGCGGUGCCCACUCCGUGCUUCUGACAUGCACACCUCACACGGGUUAAACACUAUGGCCAAGCCACCUCCAAUACCUCUCCUUCUCCCGGAACAGGCAAGAGGAGGCUGGUGCCCAGGCCUGGGCAAGGAGAGUCAGGGCACCUACAGGCUCAGGCUUGAAGUUCAUUUAUUGAUGUGUUGGACACAAUAAAACCACAACUGCUGUUA